AUGCAGGCAGAAGAAAAUAACAGAAGAGUUGGAGUGGAAGAAGAAUUUAUAAAAUUUCGACCGUCUCCCAAUUUUAAAAAUAUGAAAAAAUUUCUCAAACAUCGUAGUGACUACACAGAGACAAAAACUCUUGUGUCUUCUACUGUUAACUGCUCCGAAAUGCAGUUACAAACCCAACCUCAAACUAGGACCCAGACCCAGGUCCAACCACGCUCUCAGCCUCAGACACGGUUGCAAACCCAAAAAAUGGAACACAAAAAAGAAGAAGUGAAGCCAGCGAUAGUGCAACCACCCCUACCACCAUAUCCACCACCUCCAGACAGCCCCAAACUUCUUAACAUAAAGAUUAAAGAAGAGAAAAUUGAUGAUGAAGUACCAAAUAAUGAAGAGUGUAUGGAUUCCUUAAGCCAAUCUAUGGAACAAGUUCAACCUGAAACUAACCCUAAGGAAGAACGACCAAAGAAAACAAUAUGUAAGGAAUUUAUUAGAGGCAACUGUAAACGUCCUGUAUGUAAGUUUGCCCAUGAGGUUGACGUUUCUCAACUGGCUGGAGUGUUUACAUUUUGUUGGAAUUAUCAAAAUGCUGUAUGUACUUAUCCUAACUGCCGCUUUGUACAUGCAACUGUAUUUGAAGAAGCAGAAUUCUACCGUACUGGUGUUUUGCCUCCUCAUGCUAGAAGUCACCUCAAAAAGCAAGCACCGCCUCCACCUCCACCACCAGAAGAAACACAGCAUGACAUGCCUCCUUUUGCAAAUCCUCCACCACCUCUUCAGCCUGGGGUUGAUAAGCCCCUCAUAUCUUGCAUCCUAGCUCCUUCAAUGGAGGAAAGACCCAUCAUUGAAGAUUAUAGGGUUGCCCUACCACGCAGUAUUUCCCCUCUUAAGAGAGAAUGGUGUGAUAUGGACGACUUCAGCAGCUCGCCGCGCGACCUUGAGUCCAAUGAAAAUGUGGCGAAAAAAUGCAAUACAUGUGAGAUAAUGGAGUUCAGAUUACAGUACAAUAAGCAGAAGGUAACAAAUAUGAUCCACUCUUCGGAGGAAAUUAAUAAAAAAAUGGCGCAGCUGACCAAGAAAACGAACAAGCUGUCCAACGUGCUACUUACCUUAAUCAAGCCUUCGUUGCAGACAUCUAAAGGAGGCGCAAACAAUGGUUUUGUCGGCAACGAGAAAGAUAAAGCGGUACUGGAACAGCUCACCAACUUCGCGAGCUCCAACAAUAGACUUACAUCGAUGAUCAAUGAAGACAAUGUAAAGACCAUAUUUAGUUCAAACAGUAACUUGACCUCUCUCAUGGCUAAAUUGCUGUAUGCUAACGGUGACCAGAGUACUCCACCGGACAACUCCAGAGACACGUAACUGUGUCGAGCCCGUGGAUAGGAUGUUUGCCACGCCCGAUAGUGUAAGUUUUAUUUCGGUGCAGAAUACUGUACAAAAACUUUCGUAAACUGGGUGAACGUUCAAGGAAUAGAAAAUGUAACUGCAUAACGCAUAAACGUAAUAGAUGUCGUUGAAGCACUUCUGUUUACAUUCUGCAAAUAUAUAUACUUUUUCAAUGAAAGUCGACCGUUUGAAAAACGAAUUUUGUGAUGGAAGCCUUCUACACUUGAUCGCCUUGAUCGUCUUUUCCGCCAACAACAGCCGAUUGACAUUAUAAUAAUAAUAUUAUGAUAAAACAAUAUUAUACAGUACGAUUUUUAACUGGAGCUAUGGGGAAAUCCGAAACCAUAUGAUAUACAGGGAAAUGUCUUAGGAACUAUUUGGACUUUUUUUACCUGGAUACAGUAAAUUUUUUGGUUUUGAAAAAACAUUGUAUUAAAUUUGUCUUACUAAUGCUGUCCUAAUUUUUUCUUAGGACAUAAGAUGAAUGAAUGGGAUGAUCUU